AUGGGAAAUUCACAUGAUUCAAGUGUACCAUUUCUUGCCGAUUUGGAAAAUGAGUACGCAGCGGCUGAAAAAUCUGAUGCCUCAUCUAGAGAUUCACCUAAAACCACAAAAUCCUCGAAAGCGCAGACUUAUCUCUGGAUAUCAUGUAUCAUAGUCAUCACACUUCUUUCAAACACCGCAACAUAUCUCAUCACCCAUAGAUUUAAAGAGAAUCUAGAAAAAGCAUGUGCUAAGCAUACGGCUCAAUAUUUGAGCCCUAUACUCGACAAUACAGAUAUUAAAUAUGAAACUGUUCGAUUCAACGGUUCACUCUUUACCAACACGAUAUAUAGAGAAGAUCCUAGCCCAGAAGUUGACGAAGCAUGGCUUAAUCUGGGGAUUAAAUACAAAGCAAUGAUUAUUCCAAUAGAAGAUGCGCCUAGAGCCGGAAUAUCACUUGAUCAUUUCCGAGUCGAUGAAAAGGAUGGAGGUCCUGGAUAUCCUGCUACCGUUGAAUCGCUGCAUCAAUUGCAUUGCCUGAAUCUCCUCCGACAACGCCUCUACUAUAACUCAGAAUACUACCACAAGCUCGGAGAAGGACCCUUCAAGAAUGAAGAAUAUAUCUUAAAAGCUCAUAUAAACACUAUUCGUCAACGUCUAAUGUGCUCAGCUGAUACAGGCGCACAUCCUUAUCUCUGGGCAAAGUCUGGCAAAAAUGCUCAUUUGUAUCCGGAUUUUAACCGUGAUUUUAGAUGUAAGAAUUUUGAUGCUAUAAGACAGUUUGCGGGGGAUCAUCAGGCACCGUGGCGUGAAGAUGGUCAGCUGGAUGUGAAUCCCAAGGAGGGGGAGGUUGUCUUACCGGGUAUUCCAUGA